AAAAGGUGGAGGAUAAAAUUUGAGAAACUUUGGAGCCACAAGUAAGAGAAAGAAGUGGGGCCAAGUAACGGGAAUAAGUAAAUGUGCAGAUCAGGGUAGGUGUUAAUGCUGGGUAGACCAUGGCUGCAACGAACCUGUCCGCUUCUAUAACAUUCCGGGCACCGGAGUUCACCAAAAACCACCAUAAAGCCGUGAUUUAUCCUCCUAAAAGAAUACCGAUUUCCAUAUGUUGCGCCACCAGCUCAGCAACCACCAAAAAACCUGAAAUUGAACUAGAGUUCAUCGGGCCAAAACCAGAUGAAAAUGGCAAGUACCCUAUGGAUAAAACAAAAGCAGUAAGUGGUGAGAAGCUGUUGAGGAACAUCAUGUCAGAGAACAAUAUAAAGUUGUAUGCUGCAUAUGGAAAGGUGAUGAAUUGUGGAGGCGGUGGAAGCUGUGGUACUUGUAUUGUGGAGAUUAUAGAUGGAAAGGAUCUACUUAAUGAGAGAACAAAUACAGAGCUCCGGUACCUAAAGAAGUUGUGCAGAAACCUGAGUCAUGGAGAUUGGCUUGCCAAACUAUAGUUGGAAAUAAGGAAAACUCUGGGAAGGUAGUGGUACAGAGGUUGCCUCAAUGGAAGAAGUGAUGGUAGAUGAAGUCAACAGCUAACUCACCAAGAAACAGAAGAAUAUAUGCAUGUGGAGUAAUACUUUGAGGUUUGAAGAGAGUAUAAAUAGUUUGAAGAGAGUAUAAAUCUCCAGAAACUAGAAUGCUUCAUGACUAGGUAGGACAUAUGAAUUUUAUUCCUUCAUUGAGUACCAGCAAAGUUUUUUCUGCUCCAGCAUUUUACAUUACAAAGGAUGUGUUCAAGUUAUAAGGGUUAAACUAAGCAACAGCCUGCUGCAAACGUUCUUUGUUUACUUAGUCGAAGCCAUCCUUAAUUAGUUUCA